AUGCAUCUCAAUUCCCGUUCCCACAAUAUUUUCUCUGUUCUUUUGCUCUCCUCAUUGCCUAAUCUUUCUUCCUGUGCUGAAACCGUACCUUCAACUCUUUCACGCCCGGAGAUCAUUGUUGCACCCAUCCAACCUGUCAAGGCUCAUUUGGCAACUACCGCGCUUUCAACACCCAGAAAUCGCACUUGCCAUGUCUCCUCCUUGGGCUCUGGCCGCGAUGAUUCUCCCGCCUUACUUGCCGCCAUCAAAUCCUGCAACAACGGUGGUGUUGUUCAACUAAAUGAAACCCUCUACACAAUCUCCACUGCCCUUGAUCUCAAAUCUCUUCAAUCUAUCGACUUCAACAUCUCAGGCACCAUUCAAUUCUCCUCUAACAUAACCUACUGGACAGCCAAUAGUUUUAAGUAUGCUUUCCAAAAUAGCAGUGCCUUUUGGCAAUGGAGUGGAAAUGACAUCAAUUGGUAUGGCGGAGGAACUAUUGAUGGGAAUGGACAACCAUGGUGGGAUGCUUUUGCAAAAGAUAGUACUCUUGCACGACCGAUAUUGUUCGUCAUGAAUGGAUUGACGGGAGGAAGUAUGAGCGGGUUGAAGAUGAAAAGUCCGCCGAAUUGGUUCAAUCUCAUCACGGGCAGUCAGGAUGUGCUUGUUAGUGGGAUGACUUUGACAGCAGUGACGAAUAAUUCUAAUCCGGUUAAGAAUUCUGAUGGCUGGGACACUUACCUCUCUUCUCAUAUCACAAUUCAAAACUCAACCAUCCUUAAUACCGACGACUGCGUAUCCUUCAAACCCAACAGCAGUUCCAUUGUCGUCCAAAAUCUUGCAUGUACAGGUUCUCAUGGCAUAUCCGUUGGCAGUUUAGGACAAUACGUUGGAGUGACUGAUAUCGUUGAAGAUAUCUACAUUUACAACAAUACACUAAGCAAUGCCGGUGAUGCGGCGAGAAUCAAGGUCUGGGCAGGCGCAGUACCAAAUUCCGAUGGAAGUCUACCUUAUGGAGCAGGUGGAGGUAAUGGCGUGGUGAGGAAUGUUACGUAUGACAAGAUGACGGUUUCUAGUGUUGAUUACUCGAUUGAACUCACUUCUUGCUAUGAGCAAACUACUGCAAAUUGCAACGCUUAUCCUGAUGUAGUAUUCAAAAACUUUGUCGGUGUCUCAAGCACAAAAUAUGACCCUAAGGUCGGAACUUUGGUGUGCAGCAGUGCUUCUUCAUGCAUAAACAUCACAGCUCAAAACAUCAAUAUCACCACGCCGAGCAAGAAAACUGCAACAUGGACUUGUACGAACGUGAAUAAGACUUUGUUGGGAAUCAAUUGUAAGUUCGUCAUAGACAUCACUAAAAACACUCGAAAAAUUAUCAAUAUGCCGACUGAAUUAGAAGAGCUCGUCGAUUUUAUAUCGCACGGAAACACUCAAGUGCGAACGAUCGCCGUGGAGAAUUUGAUUCCAUAUUCAUUAUCGCAGCCUUCAAUAUUCAAGACAAAUGAGCUUCUACCAGUAAAGGACUUAAAAUUACUGGUCCGCGACUACAAACAAAUAGCCAAAGAUGCAAUGACAAUUCUCAUAAACCUGUCGACAGACAAGGAAGUUUUGGAAUAUCUUGCGAGUGAUAAAGAGUUCAUCAAUACUUUAUUCAACAAAUUGACAAAUCCCGCAGAACCAAAUGCAAAUCUCAUUGCCAUGCUAUUCGCAAAUCUUGCGAAAUGGGACGACCUGAAGGAUAUCAUAUUUCUUGAACGUCCUGCGCCGAAAGAACUAACCUCGAAUAAUCGCGCGAUCGAUCAACUGAUGGACCUCUUCGUGAAGGGUGCAGAUGGAACAUACAAUAAAGAGGCCGAUUAUGACUACCUCGCAUAUUUGUUCGCAGAUCUAGCCAAGCACGAAGAAGGACGAAAAUACUUCCUGACAAAACAAGAAUACGAUGGGGUUGUACCUCUCACAAAAAUGACGGUUUUCACCGAACACAAAUCAGACAUUCGCCGAAAAGGAGUUGCAUCGACGAUAAAAAAUGUUGCGUUCGAAAUCGAAUCACAUCCUUCGUUCCUGUCAGAGGAUGAGAUCAAUAUCUUACCAUACUUACUGCUACCUAUUAUGGGGAAUGAGGAAUUCGAUGAAGAGGAAACUAUGGCAAUGCUACCAGAUCUACAACUAUUACCACCAGAUAAGGAGAGGGAUAGUGAUCCCGUUAUCAUGCAAACACAUGUGGAAACAUUGAUGUUGCUCACAACCACAAGAGAAGGGAGAGAUAUUAUGAGGGAGAUCAAGGUUUACCCAAUCAUAAGGGAAUUGCAUUUGAAGGUUGAUCACGAUGAAAUGAGAGAGGCCUGUGAGAGACUGGUACAGGUUUUGAUGCGAGAUGAGGAAGGAGACGAGAAAGUGGACGCAGGCAUGAAGACUUUGGCCCGAAGAUCUGACAAACCUUCUUCCUCGCCAAAACCAUUCUCAUCGCAGUCAAAUGGUAUCGCAGGAAGUUGGGCAUCACAAGAUGCAGAAGACCCUGCAUCAGACUCGGACGAUGAUAAAAUAGUAGAAGUAUAG